UUGUCGACUCCGAAGCAUUCUGAAAAUCUACCGUACAUCUUCGAAGUGAAGCCUACAAUCGUGCAGAAAUAGACUCGACCAAUGAGAGAACGCUUGUAAUAAGGAUAAAAUGGUUUCGACGUUGCUGGAAUUGUUGAUUUUGACACCCGUUGAAGCUACACCCAGCAAGUUUAACUUGUAAGACAUGAAAGUGGUCCGGACCUUUCGAGAGUGUUCGACGGCAAUGGACGGUUCAACUUUUGCUCACUCGACAACUCUCAAAUGAAGUCACAAAAAAGUUUGGGAAAAACUUGGAAGAAUAAUUCAAAAUGAUCAAGAUAACGGCCGCAACCCUCGCUCUAUUGCUUACUUCUCUUUGGUCGACCAAAACUGACGCUUGGACAUCGACCUCGCCAGCGUUUGCUGCAACACGACGUUCCCUCAACACUCGUUUGUACGACAUCCACGGGUCAGACGACAAAAUCAAGUCUCCCUUCGAAGCCAGCUCAGAUGCUGCUGAAAAUCUUAUCGAUGGCGCACGCGAUGCAUCGGAGAAAGCGUCGAACGCGGCCAACAAUGCCAAGGCCAAGGCGGACCAUGAAAGAGAGGCUGUUGUGCAAAACGCUAAAGACGCUUUUCAAGAGACGCAGGACUUCGCGGAGUCCAGGGCUCAAGAUAUGGAAAGCAAUGCGGAACAAGCUAAGGGGAAGGCGCAGGAUAUCUUAGAGGAUACCACCAAUGAUGCGGAACAAGCCACCAAGGACGCUCAGCAUUUCGUUGAUAGGAAGCGUCAAGAUACGCAAGACUUUUUCAGCGAAAAAGCAGAAGACGCUACUGAGUUUGCACAGGAUAAAACUGGAGAAACCAAGGAUGCUUUUCGUGAUGCAGCGGACAAGACCAGAAAUGCGGUCGACAAAAGUUUUGGAACGGAAAAGAAAUAAAUGACACGUUUGGAGAUAGUGUUGUAGCGACAAAUAUCUCUGCAUCCAAACGUGUUGAAUUGUCAGAACUGGAAAUUUUGACAAAAGGACGCCACCGUUGCGGCUAAGACAUAGUAAACAACCCCUUCUUCCUAAUCUUUA